AUGGAUUUUGAUGAAGACAAACCAAAUAAACAUGUUUCCAAAACACGCAGGUUUGCACCUGGUCGUGUCGGAAAGUUUAAACCUGAACCAACUCCAGUGCCUCCCUCACAAACUGAUGCUCCUUCCGAGUCUGUCACCAAGAAGAAGAAGUUGAUGGAGAAAGAUCAGCUUCCACUGCAAGAAAAGGAAGAAGAAGAUGUUGUUGUUCGUGAAAUUGACCUUUAUGUUCUACAAUAUCCUUUAAGACCGUCUUGGCGUGCAUAUGAAAUGGAUGAACGAUGUGAAGAAGUUAGAGUGAACCCUUCUACCUCCGAGGUGGAAGUUGAUUUGUCUAUGAAUGUACAUUCAAGUAACUAUGACUCAAAAGUUGCAAGUGAAUUACAUAUGACUAAGCAGACCUUAACAACAACAUGGAAACCGCUUUCUACGUUGGACUAUGCUAUUGGUGUUCUUUCAGGUGAUAAGUUACACUUGAAUCCUGUUCAUGCUGUUCCUCAGCUACGACCUUCUAUGAAGUAUCAUUCAUCCAAAAGAAAACAAGCUUCAGAAACUACUGAAGAAUCUGCCAGAACAUCAAAAAAGCAGAACAAGGGAGUACAAGCUUUGAAAGAUCAUAAACCAGUACCUGAAGAAAAUUGGGCUUCACUCAAAUAUCAUGGACUUGAAUCAGAAUUUCACUCUAGAUAUCUUACCAAAAUGAUGGCUAGUGAGAGCUCUGCAAUAGACUUCAACAUGAGCAGGGAAGCUUAUAUCAACUUAUUGUGUCGUGGGGAAAGCAGCAGAUACUCGAAAAGGUGA